AUGAAAUAAAAAUAGAUUAAAAUUAGAAGCACAUUUGCCACUUGGUUUUCAAAUCUAAGACUGAGAACUUAAGUGUUAAUUUUGUAAAUUAUUUAUUUAGUAAUAAUAACAACCUGCCUUAUUUGUUUGACAUUAAUAAUUUAAAAAAACAUAAUAAACACAUUAGCUUCAGAUUCUGAAUAAGUUUUAACAUAAAAAGAAAUGAACCGAAUAUCUGAAAAUUAUCUAUAUGAAUUCAUUUAGCAGAUUAAUUUUGAAUUUUUAUAAAGAAGUCAAUCAUUAAAUGCUAUGAACUCACUGUAUUUAGUAGCUUAGGAUAAAAAAUUGAAAUUUCUAUAGGAUCUCGAUAUUUGCUAAUCGUUUGGUAAAACUUCUGAACUUUUGGAAAAAAUUAGAAAAUCAUAUUGUUUUUGUUAUGGUAUUGCUGGAGAUUUUAAUUUUGAAUAUAAUGAUAAGCUUAGAUUGAGUAACAUUCUAGCUAUUACAUCUACAAUUAUAUCAAAUUAUACAUAAUUAUAUUAUUCAUCAAAUACUGAUGACUAAUUUUACUCAUUUAAACCUUGUUAAUAUGUUCCAUCAGUCUGGAUUCCUAAAUUACGACCAUGGUAUAUUUAGCACAAUCAAUCCAAUUUAUAAAUUUAAUAUACUUCUGCCUAUAUAGGUUAUGUAGGAGGAGUAUGCAUAACUUAAACUAAAUCAUUAAUAAAUCAAUAAAAUCUUACGAUUGGUAUUAUUGCUAAUGAUAUAACUAUGGCUUAACUACCAAUUUUGAAUUAAAAUUAAAUCGCUGAUAUUCUUUUAAUUGAUUUUAAAGGAGAAAUUUUACUCAGUAAUCAUUAUGAAAAGAAGUAAAAAAUUGUUGAUUAUUUUCAAAAUGUAUCAAAAACAGGUUUUAAUGAAUCUGAUUUUGAAAUCCUCUUGUAAUAUCAAUAAAAAGCUUCUUAUAAAGAUUUAUGUUAAAUACCUAUUAAUAAUACCUUUUGUUUAUUUGAUAAAUUAAGAUAAAAACUGUUUUAUUUUAAAUUAUAUUUAAUUAUGAAUAAUAAAUACAUUGUAGUUGCUAAAUUUGAUCCUUUUCUAUAUUCUGAUGCGAUGAACUCUUUGUUAGAGGAAAUUAACUCAAAAAAUGAAUAAAUGGUUACACUUUUAAUUUUUAUCAUUAUUUUAGCCUUAUUCAUUUUUUGUAUCUCAUUUUUAAUAACUACUUUAGUUUUGUAGCGUCCUAUUGAAUAAUUAAUGUAUUACUCAAAUCAAUUAAAUAAAUAAGGUAAAAAUCUUUAAAGAAGUAUUCCUAAAAUUAAAAUUGGAACCAGUAUCGAUGAACUAAACCUUGCUUUUUUUAAUUUACUACAUUAAUAAAAUCGUAAUAAAAAAAACCAAUAAAAUAGAAACAAACAGUUCUUUUCUGAAACAUGCAAUUAUUUAAAAAAUUUAGAUAAAUAGUAUUUUCAUAUAAACAAGGAAGUUUUUUAAAAUUUAAGAGUAAUUUAUUAUUUUUAAUAUAAUAGAAUUUAAAAUAUCCAGUAUUUAAUCAAUCUAAAAGUUAAUAAUUUUCGAAAUUAGAACAAAUACUUUUAUUAAAUUUUGUUAGAAGGAUCAACAUUAAAAUUUAUAGUUCUCAUAAUACAGAUAAUAAAAUGAAUAUCUAUUGA